AUGAGUGGCAGAGAAGACCCUUCCCCCUCCACCACUACACUCCAGAGGAGACCCUUCCCCCCUCCACCACUACACUCCAGAGAAGACCCUUCCCUCCUCCACCACUACACUCCAGUGAAGACCCUUCCCUCCUCCACCACUACACUCCAGAGAAGACCCUUCCCCCCUCCACCACUACACUCCAGAGAAGACCCUUCCCCCCUCCACCACUACACUCCAGAGAAGACCCUUCCCUCCUCCACCACUACACUCCAGAGAAGACCCUUCCCUCCUCCACCACUACACUCCAGUGAAGACCCUUCCCUCCUCCACCACUACACUCCAGUGAAGACCCUUCCCUCCUCCACCACUACACUCCAGAGAAGACCCUUCCCCCCUCCACCACUACACUCCAGUGAAGACCCUUCCCUCCUCCACCACUACACUCCAGAGAAGACCCUUCCCUCCUCCACCACUACACUCCAGAGAAGACCCUUCCCUCCUCCACCACUACACUCCAGAGAAGACCCUUCCCCCCUCCACCACUACACUCCAGUGAAGACCCUUCCCUCCUCCACCACUACACUCCAGAGAAGACCCUUCCCCCCUCCACCACUACACUCCAGUGAAGACCCUUCCCUCCUCCACCACUACACUCCAGAGAAGACCCUUCCCUCCUCCACCACUACACUCCAGAGAAGACCCUUCCCCCCUCCACCACUACACUCCAGUGAAGACCCUUCCCUCCUCCACCACUACACUCCAGAGAAGACCCUUCCCUCCUCCACCACUACACUCCAGAGAAGACCCUUCCCUCCUCCACCACUACACUCCAGAGAAGACCCUUCCCCCCUCCACCACUACACUCCAGUGAAGACCCUUCCCUCCUCCACCACUACACUCCAGAGAAGACCCUUCCCCCCUCCACCACUACACUCCAGAGAAGACCCUUCCCCCCUCCACCACUACACUCCAGUGAAGACCCUUCCCUCCUCCACCACUACACUCCAGUGA